ACAUGGCUAAUGAUAGGGAAAGCAGUACUAACAUUCAAGAACUCAAAUUCAUUUAACAAUUAAACUUUGAUUAAUGUUUCCCUAUAAAAGUAACUUUUCAACCACUAAUGCAAUAUGUAUGUCAGAUAAACAUAUCUAACUCCAUUUCCAAUCGAAUAGCAUUAUAUGAAAUGCGAUGGGGCGUACAUUUUACUCCAAAAGAAUACUACUGUUUCUGAAGAUGCAAAUAGAUGCCUAACCCCAAAGGAAAAAGUUAAAAUCUUUGUUUUAUCAUUUUGACAAACCAUAGUCCACGAGGUACGGGUAAGGUCUGCGUACACUCUACCCUCCCCAGACCCCACCUAUGGGAUUACACUGUUGUUGUUGUUGUUCUUGAAUGUUAGUGAAAGUUGUAUCGAAUAAUAUUAUUAGUAAAUUGGUACCAAACGUUUUGGGGAUCCGAAAAGGAAAGAUUAUCAGAUAAGUUGGAAUAAGCGAGUAGUUGUUUUCUAGAUUUCUCGUGUAAAUUUAUCUUCGUAAACAAUGAGUCCCUUGCAUGCAACUCAUGGCAUAUUUGUGCCUCAAAAAGUUAGAGAUGGUGGUACAAACAUGACAUUUAAAUAAUCUUAAAGUUUUCUUCCUCUUUAUUCAUUUUUUUUUCCAGCUACAAGUAUCAUAAGCUAUAUGGAGCUGGUCAAGGAAGUUGCCAACAAGGGACCUGAAUCGCAGCAGAAUAUUGCCAUAAGAGCUGAUGAAAAGAGCUACAGUUACCUGCAGUUGAUAUCAUCUGCGAGGAGGAUUUCUAAUUUGUUAAGCAAGCUAGAUCUCAAAAGUGACAAAGGAGCAAGAGUAGGGAUUGUGGCCAAACCUUCUGCUGAGUUCGUUGCUGGAAUACUAGGGACCUGGCUUAGUGGAGGCUGUGCGGUCCCUCUUGCUCUGAGCUACCCUGAGGCUGAACUGCUACAUGUGAUGAAUGACUCGGACAUCUCCAUAAUUUUGAGUACUGAAGACCACAAAGAACUUAUGAAUACAAUUGCAGCAAAAACUGGUGCUCAGUUAUCUCUCAUUCCUUCAAUUCUGGACGCGCAUUCAUCAAUAGAGCAUGACCAGUCAGAAGACACGGUUUCUGAUGGUCAACAAAACCUGCUAGAAACCAAUUCCUAUGGUGAGAUAGUGGGCGAGAACCCCGCUUUUAUCUUGUACACCAGCGGUACAACAGGGAAACCAAAAGGAGUUGUCCACACACACCAUGGAGUCUUGGCACAGGUCCAAAUGUUAGCUAAUGCAUGGGAAUACACAUCCAAGGAUCAAUUUCUGCAUUGUCUACCACUCCAUCAUGUGCACGGACUUUUCAAUGCUUUACUUGCCCCUCUUUAUGCAGGUUCCACGGUUGACUUCGUGCCAAAAUUCAGUGUGAGGGGAAUUUGGCAGAGAUGGCGUGAAUCAUAUCCUACAGAUGGGACUAAAAUAGAUAAUGCCAUUACAGUUUUUACUGGAGUUCCAACUAUGUAUGCACGAUUGAUACAAGGUUAUGAAGCAAUGGAUCCAGAACUAAAAGAAGCUUCUGCUUCAGCAGCGAGGCACUUGCGUCUUAUGAUGAGUGGCUCCUCUGCACUUCCUCUGCCCGUCAUGCAGCAGUGGGAAACCAUUACUGGACAUCGCUUGUUGGAACGUUAUGGCAUGACUGAGUUUGUGAUGGCAAUCUCUAAUCCCAUAAGCGGCAAGCGCAAAGGAGGUACUGUUGGCAAGCCAUUUCCGGGUGUGCAGGCCAAGAUUCUUUUGGAAGAUGAAAGUAGUAACGACGAAACUGGAGUUGGGGAGCUCUGCAUUAAGAGCCCAUCAUUGUUCAAAGAAUACUGGAAAUUACCUGAGGUAACCAAGCUGUCAUUUACUGAUGAUGGAUAUUUCAAGACUGGAGAUACUGUUACUGUUGACGAAGACGGAUAUUACAUCAUUUUGGGACGUACAAAUGCUGAUAUUAUGAAGGUUGGUGGAUACAAAUUGUCAGCAUUGGAAAUUGAAGCAGUUCUGUUAGAGCAUUCAACUAUAUCAGAAUGCUGUGUGUUAGGCUUGCCUGACAAAGAUUAUGGUGAAGUGGUAUGUACAAUAGUCGUGCCUGAAGCUGAAGUCAAAAGAAAACGAGACGAUGAGUCAAAGCCUGCACUAACCUUGCAAGAACUUUCUGAUUGGGCUAAGGAGAAACUUGCUCCCUACAAGAUACCAACUCAUCUAUAUCUGUGGGACUCGUUGCCUCGAAAUGCUAUGGGGAAGGUAAAUAAAAAAGAGCUGAAGAGAAAGCUGGUUGAAGAUCCCAAACAAGUUUAAGUUGGUCAGAAAGCAAGGAGAAGAUGGAAUGUCAGAAAGUACAAUAAUGCUCUAAGGUGUCAGAGGGGCUUUCUAUGUUUUUAACCACAAAUAAGGUCUUGAAGAAUAUCACAGCAGAUAGUGAUUGAAGUAUGUACUGCAGGAAAGUACUGAAGGGAUUUUUAUUUACCUCGGAGAGAAGUAAUUCCUCUGUAGGUUUCAUAUUGGAUUCUAGGAUUUUUAUAAGGAGAAAAGAAACUGUUUUUUACAUAGAAUUUAGAAAGCCUGUUAGAGUUAAUACAUGGAUAAUGUAGGUCAAGAUAGAUCCUUGAGCCCCAUGAAUUUACCAUGUAAAAUGGAAGAAUGGUGUCUUGUGGAUCUGAAUAAAAUGCAUAAUUUGAUUUCUUAAUUCAUUC